AACUCAUCAACGACAAGCCAAUUUACCACCGAAGUUCUUGUCGCCAACAGUCAUUUAAGAUGGCCAAGGAAGCGACUGAGAAGUCCGGCAUCGCCGCCGGCUUGAACAAAGGCCAUAAAGUCACACCCAUCACACCCAAACCUCGCAUCAGCCGCCGAAAGGGUCUCCAGAGCAAGCGCACCGCCUUCGUCCGCGAGAUCGUCAGAGAAGUCGCCGGUCUUGCUCCUUACGAACGCCGUGUCAUCGAAUUGUUGAGAAACAGCAAGGACAAGCGUGCGAGAAAGCUGGCAAAGAAGCGGCUCGGUACCCUUGGCCGUGCGAAGAGGAAGGUCGACGAUCUGCAACGAGUCAUCGCCGAGGCGAGAAGAACUGGUGCUCAUUAAGUACAUUGUUAUCUUGGGGACGAAAACCGAAAAGAAAGUGGUCAAGAACGACAAUUUCCACGACUGGCAUGGCACAAUCAAAAUCGGCUUCUUUGCUUGAAUGAAUCUGUAAGGGUGUAUUGCAGAAGAACCCAUGGAUCGAAUGACGCGGGCUGUUUUACGUUCCCGCAACCAAGUGCAUCGGCAGUCUGGUCUGCCGGACUAUCCAGGUCAAUGCUGUCCGCGGAAGAUGGACAAAUUGACAAGUUGAAUCGAUGAAUCAAUCAAUCAAGAAAGACCUCAUGGAACAACUUUUCCAU